GUAGUUCAAAUAAAUGUGGUAAAUUUUGAUAUGCAAUGUUACUAAUACAACUUGUUACAGCUUCGUGUCUAUUUUUUCAUGUAAUUUUGGCAGCUGUUGAUUACUGCCAAUUAUCAUGUGGAGAUGAGGUUAAUACUGCAUGUUCCGGAGCACCAUGGAAAUGUGGGAGAAGAGAAAAUUGUAAAAAAAUGUGUACGGAGGAUGGACUAACAAAAGAAGAAAAACAUACUAUUUUACACCUUCAUAAUUAUUAUAGAAAUGAAAUUGCAACAGGCCGAGAAAAAAGAGGUAAUCAACCGAAAGCAGCAGAUAUGAUGGAACUGACAUACGAUGAUGAUCUUGAAUAUUUGGCACAAUGUUCAACAAACAGAUGUAAAUACGAGCACGAUACAUGUAGAAAAACAGAAAAGUAUAGCAGCGUUGGUCAAAAUAUAGGAUUACACAGCACUAAUGCCGAUAGUUCUAAUAGAACACUAAUCAUUGUUAACCUAGUUCGUCGCUGGUACGAUGAGGUUACUGAUGUCAAAAGGGAAGAUAUAGAAAAUUUUGGAUUGAGCGAUAGAACGGAAUCUAUUGCUCAUUAUACACAACUAGUUUGGUCUGAAACGAAGCAAGUCGGUUGUGGAUUAACAAUGAAUGAAGAAGAUAAUAUAUAUAAUUUCUAUUUAGCUUGCAAUUAUGGACCAAUGGGAAAUGUUCUAAAUGGCAGUGUGUACAAAAUUGGAAACACAAGAUCGCAAUGCUCCACCGAUAGUGGUCAUAAUGAUUGGUCGGGAUUAUGCUGAUAGCACAGGGUGUAAUUAAUGCUAGAUACUUUGUAACUGAUGACCAAAUAAAUAAAUCUCUAAAAAUUUGUUU